CAGCCUUACAUUUUUUUGAACACUGUUCCAAUCCAUUUAUCUUGAAAAAGCUGCAAAGUGCACCACUCCCUCUACAACACAGAAUUUGUGCAGUUUAGCAUCAUAUAAAUGCCUAAAAAGUUAAAUAACUUUUUUCCUUCUAAAAGUGGCUUAAAAUAAAGAUAAUGAGUAAGCAUGCUUAAUAUAAUUAGCAGCUCCAAUGAAUGAUCACAUUAUUUUUAUAUAGCAAGAGGUACCUCAUUCAGCUCAUGGAUUCAGCUCCUUCUAGUUCUUGGCUGCAAGCCUUCUCCUUCUUAGCAUUGGUUUGGUUAUUUAACUGUGGAUGUGUCCAUGGAGCCUCCCCAGCAGUGAAAGUAGGUAACUUUUCAAAGGUGGAAGAUGCUGGAAACUUCCACAUCUACUAUGGCCAGACCUUCAAAGUCAUUAAGAAUUCUGCUGAUGGCCAGAGCUACCUUCUUCUCCAGAAUAAUUCAAGGAUUGCAUCAAGGACUAAAUAUUGCACAUCAAGAAUCAAAUCAUUUGUCAUUCCAUUGUCAAACUAUUCUGUUGAUACAACUUUUUUUCCGGUCUCCUUUGUAGAGCUUUUAGGUUUAGUGGAGAGCUUGAAAGGCAUAACCUCAGACUAUGUGGCUUCUCCAUGUGUGUUGAAACUGUAUCAAGGAGGACAGCUAGAAAUGUUCAAUAAUAGUGAUUACCAAAAGCUUGCAGAGUUCUCUUCAUACUUUCUUAGUGACACUGAUCAGCAGCCAGCUUGCAAUUUUGCAACUUUUGUUCCAUUUAUGGAAGAUACUCCUUUGCAGAGAGCAGAAUGGAUCAAAUUCAUGGGAGCUUUUGCAAAUGUUGAAGCUAGAGCCAAUCAAGUCUAUACAGCAGUUAAGGUGAACUAUUUGUGCUUGGCUAAAGUUGCCACAACUAGGACAACAUUCAAGCCAACGGUAGCUUGGAUGAGGUAUAAAAAUGGUCUUUGGUCUUUUACACAGGAAAAGUAUCAAUUGAAGUACGUGCAAGAUGCAGGCGGAGAGAUUUUGGGUGCCAACAAAAACACUUACAAUGUCUCUGAUCCUGAUGACUUGGAGGAAUUUCAUGCCAUCCUAUGUACUGCGGAAGUAGUCAUUGAUGAAACACUAACAUCUGAUCCAGUCAACUACACCAUGUCAGCAUUUAUCCAAAAUCUAAAUGUUGAAGAUCGUUCUUGUUUUUCCUUUAUUUCAAACACAAGUCUAUGGAGAUAUGACAAAAGGGUUUAUAAUUCUGUAGCUCUUGACUGGUAUAAUGGAGCUGUGUCCCAACCUCAAUUGGCACUAGCAGAUCUUAUUGAAGUUUUAUUUCCCACUGGAAAUUACACAAUGACAUAUUUUAGGAACAUUGCAAAGGGAGAAGUACCUAUAAACAUUGGUCCCGAAAUGUGUGAUAGGGACACAUCCACAGCAAUGGAGCCUACCAUAGUAGCAUGUGGAUGAUUAUCUUUCAAGUUCAAAAAUAGGUAUAGUGUUAUAAACAAUCAACAGUCAACCGUCAACACUAUUUUUUUUUUUUUUUUAAUCCCAAUUUUUGAAUUUAGGAUUUAUACUUUGUAUUUUAUUGUUGUUAUUAUUAUUUUCAGUCAGCAACUAGUAUCUAUAGCUUGACACACAUGAGAAUUCUACCUAUUUCUGGUGACAAUUUAACCAUAUAUACUUGAACAAACAUUUCA